AUGGCUCUCUUCAUGGGUAUUUUAGAGGAAAAAGAGGUCUUAGACAGGGGGAUCCCCUAUCUCCAUAUCUGUUUAUUCUGGGAGUUCAGUUCUGCUACUGGCCUCUGUGCAAAUCCAGACAAAUGCCAGGUUUUCUUUGGUGGAGUAAAUGAAGAUACUAAAGAUUCUAUAAAUGCUUACUUGGGAUUUACUGUGGGUACUUUGCCAAUCAGAUAUUUAGGGUUGCCACUUGUUUGCAAAAGACUCUCAUACCUAGACUGCAAUCCUCUGCUCAGUAAAAUCAGUAGCCAAUUUCAAACCUGGAACAAGGCAAAAAACCUCUCUUAUGCAGGGAAAAUACAGGUCAUUAAAAGUGUUAUCUUAGGAGUUCAGAUAUAUUGGACAUCUUGCUAUAUCCUACCUGUUGGUGUGCUACAGAAAAUAGAUGAUAUGUGCAGAAAUUUCCUAUGGGGUAGAGAAGGUCAUAUUCAUAAGCCUUCUUUAGUAGCUUGGGAAAAAAUUUGCCGUGGAAAAAAAUCAGGUGGCUUAGGCAUUUUCUCUGCUCGAUUAUGGAACUUUGCCUCAGCUUUAAAAAUCAUUUGGGAUAUUCAUAUGAAUAAGGAAAUUCUCUGGAUAAAGUGGAUACAUGGCAAAUACUUGAAGAACAGAGAUAUAUGGCAUGUUAACUCUAAACCUGGAGAUUCAUGGCUUUGGAGACAAUUGUUAAAAUCCAGAGACAGAGCUUUGGUCUUAGCUGGUGGAAUUGAUAAUUUGAAUCAAAUUAUGGUUUCUUGUUACAAAAAUUCAAAGGUUAAAAUUUCUGCUAUAUAUCAAGCUUUUGUUCCUCACACCCCUCCAGUUCCAUGGUAUAAUACAGUAUGGGAGAGGAUGAACUACCCCAAGCACUCGAUCAUUGGCUGGCUUACUGUUCAGAAUAGACUUCUGACACAAGAUAGGAUUAUGAAUUGGCUAAAUUUCAGAUGGAGGUCUUGUAGUUGGAGCUAUCUAUUGAACUGGUAUAACAACUGUCUAAGAGGCAAGGGAUUUAAGAAGGGAAUCAAAAGAAUGGCUUUUUCGGCAACUUUGUACAAAAUUUGGGGUGAGAGGAAUAACAGAAUUUUCUUACUGAAAUCCAAGGGGAUUGAGCAGCUGGUAAAAGAGAUAAAGGUGGACAUUUUGAUCAUUGCUCUCAAUGGUUCUACAAAACCUGAAGAUAGAGAAUGUAUUAUCUCACUGUAG